UGAGACGGAUGUGAGAGAGUUUUCAGUCCUCAUGCAAAACAACCAACUAAACAUAACAGAUUACAUCAGCUCAGGCUUUUCAAUUCCUGGAUGGCAGCAGAGUGCUAAUCCAACCUUCAUCCUGGAUUUCAUAAACUGAAACAGGGGAGGCUGGCAGGAGCAGCACUGCCGGAUUGAGGAAGCUGACGACGGUGCAGCAUGUGGGCAACACGCUGUAUAAAGCUCAUAAACUUGUAGGCUGAUGUGUGCAGCUACCGCUUUGGAUUCUGUACUGCUGCUUCCCUCAGCACCAGGCACCGGGCUGAACAUUAAAGCCUGCUCUUUGGGACCGAGCAUUGACCCCUGCAAGACAUGAAGGUCUUCCUGCUGCUCACACUCCUGCUGACGCCCAUGCACACUGGAACCGCUUGGAGUGCGAAAUACGCAGUAGAUUGCCCCGAGCCCUGUGAGAGCAAUGCGUGCAAAAGCACCUUGCGCUGUAAGCGGACGGUGCUGGAUGACUGCGGCUGCUGCAGGGUGUGCGCGGCUGCGCUGGGGGAGACUUGCUACCGCACCGUCUCCGGUAUGGAUGGUGUCAAGUGUGGCCCGGGGCUGAAGUGCCAGUUUUACACUGAGGAGGAUGACUUUGGUGAUGAAUUUGGUAUCUGCAAAGAGUGUCCCUAUGGUACCUACGGCAUGGAGUGCAGGAAAACCUGCAACUGCCCAUCUGGCAUCUGUGACAGAGUAACUGGGAAGUGCUUGAAGUUCCCAUUUUUUCAACUGUCUGCUUCAAAGCCUCCAAAUCGACGAAAAAUAAUUUCACACACAGAGAACGACAUGGCAUCAGGGGAUGGCAAUUCUGUAAAAGAGGAAUUUGUUAAGGAGAAAGCAAUUCGGUCUCCGGUAAUGAAAUGGCUAAAUCCUCGCUGAUACUUACUGACGCUAAUAAGACUGCCAAGUGAAUGCAUUUCUCACAGAUUAUUGAAUAUGCAACAACACACUUUAAGAACAAAGUGCAUCUAUAUCAUACGAAAAUGUAACCUCUGAAGGCCAAUUGUGAUUCUGUUUUUCAUGAGAAAAAUGUUUACUUAAAAAUAGACUGUACAGUGUAUAUGAUUUUUGAUAUUUGUUUUGAUAAGUAUUUGAACAGAGAAACAUAUUGUGGAUUGCUGAAUGUAUAGUAAUAUUGAAAAAAAAAACAACACAAUUCAUUUAAAUGAAGUCAAAGGAUGAUUCUUGCAGCCUCAAGCCAGGAAAGCUCUCACUGAAUUCACUGGACAGUUUGGGGGUGUGAAGCCAUUGCAAAAGAAAUGCACAUCAACAAAUGCCAGGACAGAAAGCAAUGCCCCUCCUGAGUCACAUCAUCAAGAAUAAUAAAUAACAACGUAGGAGCUCAAAGGUAUGAAUGAUAUAAACCAGUGUUAGUCACCCAUCAUUUUCUGUUAUUUUUUUAUUUUUUAUUUUUAUUUUUUUAAAAAAAAGUUUGGUGACAAUUCCUUGGAGAUAAAUAUACCUUUCUUAGAGGAGAAAACACUCAGCAUUUAAGUUUAUGUCUUAUGAAAAACUUAGCUGAGAUAUUAGAGUCAUAUAUUGUAUUAAGGUAGAUUUCUAAGAUUAAAUUCUGUACAGAGAAACAGAUGCUCAGUAAAUUACACAGAUUUGUAGAGGAGGACCUGAAAAGAAA